AUGCCUCUUUUACCCCGAUUAUCCCAAAUGGCACGUCUCUCAGUCUAUCAUAACCCACAAUGCACAAAGUCUCGCAAGUCUGUCGUAAUCCUCGAGGAAAAUGAGACAAAAGAUGGCAAAAAAAUGUAUGACCUCGAAAUUGUUCUGUACAAAAAGAGCCCUCCAAGCAAAGAAGUUCUCGAAACUUUGAGAAACUCCCUGGAAUUUCCAGAGAAAUAUGCUUCCAACCCAUGGGACUACUUGCUGCGGCCAGAAGCACAGGGAAAAUCCAGUUCAUGGGAAGAGGUUUACAAGAUAAUCGAAGGCGAUUCUUCAUUACUCGAGAGACCAUUUGUAAUUGACUGGGAUCGCAAGAAGUCAGCACUCGGAAGACCCGAUCUGACUCUUGUUGAGGAACUUGUCAAGGAACGCGUUGCUCUAUCAUCAUCUUGA